AUGUCGUCGUUCCCAACAAACUCAGAGAAAAAUGUUCACGCGCGAGAACUGCUUGGUCAAAUCAAGAAGACCAUCGAAGAAACCUUUGAAGAUGUUUCAUCGGCCAAAGAUGUCAGGAAGACGAUCGACCAUUUGAUUAGUCGUUUCCCACUAGACCAACAGAGAGAACGGGAACUGGGACCCCGAUUCUUGAAGCUGCACGAUCUCCUCCUCUGCAAAAAUACUGUGCCCUCUCAUCGUUUCCGUGAUAUCCGUGAUGAGAUCGCUGAAAUAAACAAAUUCCUGGCCAAAGUUGACGCUAAGGUCGAUCAGGACGAUUUCCAAGCUUUAUCUGAAGACGAACAGAGGAUGAUACGCGAAGCAGACAAGCAUCCGCUCGUGAAACGUCUUCGGGUGAGUUAUGAAUUUUCCCUCCGACAACUUAAGCGCGACCCGAGAAUUUGCUUGUUUUUGGCAAUUUUCCCAGGAAAUGCUAUUCUAAGGAAAAGGUUUCUUAUUUAUUGGUGGAUUGGGGAAGGGUUGGUCGGGGACGAGGAAGAAGGCGAAAGAGUAUUUGAAGAGCUUUUGGAUCUUGAAUUGCUCAUACCCUAUCAUACUGACCAGUGCCCAAGAGUGAGUAAGUGUAAAAUUUUCCCUUGGAUCCGUUACAUGUUGAUCUUAGAGGCCAAGAAAGAGAAGCUUUUGAACUCAGACUCCGGGAUACCACGUUUUGAUCCUACCCAUUCUCGGCGUACUUGUUUGAUCGCUUAUCCCACUAAUUUGUCUGGUGGAAGCGAACCCAUACCUAAUAAGACCGCGAGGACCAUUUUUAACGUAAACGAGAGAGAUCUUGAUUUUCGGCAGCAACAGCUUGCUGAGCUGGAGAGAUUGGUGGUGCUUCAGCUAGGCCGUUGGCAGGCUUCUCCCACCCAUUACAUUGAAGUUCGAGAUGAAUGGUUCCUAACAGGUUUGAAGACCCAGAAACUUCUCAAGUAUCUCAGCCUGCGUGGGAUUUCAGGAAUUACUAAACUUCCUGAGUCCAUCAGAGAACUGGUCAGCCUCGAAAUUCUGGACCUCAAGGCCUGUCAUAAUCUAGAAACCUUGCCUGAUGCGGUUGCAUCGUUGGAAAAGCUCACACAUUUGGAUGUAUCAAAAUGUUACUUGCUGAAAAGCUUGCCAAAGGGACUCCACAAGCUCACAUUGCUCCAAGUGCUCAAGGGAUUCAUAAUAGGCAAUUCUCAGAAGACUAUCAUUAGAUUAGAGCAUCUUCCAAAUCUGAAGACUCUGAAGCGAUUGAGCAUAUUUAUAGGGAGUAAGGCUACCAUCCAGGAAGGUGAAUUCGACAAGUUGAAGGAUUUACCAUAUGUCAAGCGUCUGAAAAUAUCCUGGGGCAAAAAAGCCUUUUUACAGUCUGUGUCUUUUCCGCCAGGGCUACAAAAACUGGAUCUUGAAGGCAUUCCUCACGACAGUAAGCCAGAAUGGCUAAAGCCCAGCAAACUGAUGAAUCUGGAGACGCUACACAUUAAGGGAGGAUGGCUCAGGAAUUUAUUACAUGAGGAAGAGCAGUGGGAUAAUGUGAAAUAUUUGGUGCUCAAGUAUACUAGGAUGCCGCCAAUUAAUCGAGAAACUCUGAGGUCAAAGUUUCCUUCUCUCCAAUACGUGAAGAAGGUUGAGUUGGGAGAGAAUGUCACGCAAGAAGUUGUCGAGUAUGAAUGGAACAAUGUGGGGACUGUGACAGAUUGA